GAUGUGGGCUCCGCGUCGUGGGGACAGUGGAGAUGCAGGGGUAUAAAGACGUGGCCCCGAGCUGCAGCAUCGCAUCAUCCUGCCCCGCCUCCACUCGACAUCGCGACUGCGACAUCAGGUUCUGCUCCAGCCGGUUUAUCCCGCCAAGGCCAGUCAUCUUUUUACUCAACUACUCUUAACACUACUCUAUCGCCGACCACCCCCCUCCCCCACCUCCCAUAUCCAUCAUGCCAGGCGGCGCCGUCGGUCCCGUGUCCACGGGCAACGUCUUCAAGACGGGCCUGUUCCCGCGCCACUACUUGUGGGCGUUCAUCCUCGUCACCUCGCUGUUUUUCCUGUGGGGUUUCGCCUACGGCCUGCUCGACGUGCUUAACAAGCACUUUCAGAAUACGCUUGGCAUCACCACCACACAGUCCACCGGUCUCCAGGCAGCUUACUUCGGCAUCGGCUACUUUGCUUUCUCGCCCGUGGCGGGCGAGGUCCUCCGCCGCCGCGGGUACCGUUUCACCAUCAUCAUGGGCCUGUGCCUGUACUCUCUUGGCGCGAUCCUGUUCUGGCCUGUCGCCAAGUCGGCCGCGACGAGCACGAACAAGAACGCUGUGUUCGGUGGCUUUGUCGUCUGCACCGCUGUGACGGCGUGUGGCCUGGCAUCCCUCGAAAUUUCCGCCAACUCGUACGUCUCCGUCAUGCCGCCGAUCGAGAUCGCGUCGCUGCGUCUCCAGUUCUCCCAGGCGUUCAACGGUGUCGCGUCGUUUACCGGUCCCCUCAUCGCGUCCAAGUACUUCUUCUCCGACCCCACGUCCAAGGACCUCACGAGCGUCCAGUGGGUCUACCUCGCUGUCUCUGGCAUGGGAAUGAUCGUCGCCGUUGCGUUCUUUUUCACCAAGCUUCCCGAGGUGUCUGAGAGCCAGCUUGAGGAGCUUAUUGUUGGCGGAGAGCACAAGCAGAAGUCGAUCUGGAAGGAGACGCGCUGCCUGACUGGUGCCGUCGCUCAGUUCCUCUAUGUCGGAGCUCAGGUUUCGAUUGGCGCUUUCUUCCUCUACUACACCCACGACGCGUCGGGUAUCUCGGACGCCCGCGGCUCCCAGCUCCUUUCGUACGCGCUUAUCCUCUUCACUGUCGGUCGCUUCGUCGUCACCGGCCUUCUCUCCGUCUUCACGGCUCCCGCCAUCCUUUUCGUGUUCGCCAUCGUCUGCUCCCUCUUCACUAUCCUCAUUGGCACUCUCCACGGCAUGGGUGGCGUGGCGUGCCUCAUGAUGAUCAUGUUCUUCGAGUCGUGCAUGUACCCCUGCAUCUUCACACUGGCGACGCACGGCCUGGGCCACAACACGCGCCGCGGUGCCGCCCUGAUCGUGAUGGGUGUCUCGGGUGGUGCCGUCUUCCCGCCCAUGCAGGGCGCGAUCAAGGAUGCGUACAACGCGCGCGUGAGCUUCUUCAUCGUCCUCCCCUGCUUCAUCUACAUUUCGCUCUGGGCCGCAUACACAUGGGUGCUGGACGGGCGCCAGAUCUUUGCGCUCAAGUCGGGGCGGUCUGCUGCCGACGUUGAGAGCGGGAGCGUCGCGAGCCUCGAGAACGAGGACAGGGACAAGAAGAGCGCCGAGGUCGAGGUCCAGACUGAGACCGUGACGAAGUUGUAAUAGAUUCAGUAUGCAGUGGUUGUGAUAGCGGAUGAGUCGGUGGCGCUGGCUGCGCAUAGCUCAUGGCCCACAUGCC